AUGUUCUUGAACAAUAGCAGCGAAAAGCAGCCCGAAUCAAAUUUGAUAGAUAUCUUACGACCCUUCAUUUUAAAUUGUAUCGUGUUCAAGACCAAAGGCGUAAAAACUGAAUGGAUGACUUACCGUAUGGUACCAAAAAAAGGGCAAGUCAUGAUCCCAGAUUUCGUCUUGUAUUUGGAUACACUGACUGCCACCAAAUUUGAGCUGUUCGUUGUUGAAGAAAAAAAGCCGGGAAAUUUUUCUAAUGGUCAUUUGGAAACAGACCUCAUAAAGUUUGAAAAAGAAAUGCAGUUGGCUUUGGACAAGCUCAUCGAAAAGAAGGUAAAGGAUCCGGAGGUUGUUGCUCUAAUAGUUGAAGGCUACAAAGUAACAACUUUUAAGAUGGACUUACGAUACAACGGACAAUAUCGAAUGAUUGAGUUGAGCAGUUUUUUCGUUGCUAUCAUUCAAGGCACACUGGAAAGAUUAUAUAAAGCUAUCCAGGGGCUAGAAAGUGAAGAUCAUAGAAGUUAUAGAAGGGGGUUUUGUGGAAGUCCUGUUGCUACAAUAGGACUAAAAUGCCGUCCUAAGCAUCGACCUCCUAAACAUUCUACUCCUCCUCAUCACCCUGGCCGUGGAAAACCUCCAACAUCGCCUCAUCACGAUGAUCCCGGCAAGCUUCCUCCUCCUCUUCACAAUGGAUCUCAUCAUCCUCCCCCUCGUGAUAGACCUGGUCAUGAUGGUCAGUGA